AUGCUCCAGCUCGCUUGCGUCUUCCCGCCAUCAUCCCUUCAAGCCUACCCCUACCAGAAUAUCGAGAAGAUGAGUGUCGAAAGCAACUCUUGCAGAGAGAUCCUCAGGCUGCAGCGUACGGACGCAUUACUCGCCAACUUCACUUCGAUCCGAGACAAAGAAGAACUCGCCUUUGCGAUCAUAUCUUCGCUCCCCUUCUCAAGUAUCGCUGCGCUACAGCGCCGGAUAGCCCCGCUAUUGCGAUUUGACCUAGUUGGGCUCCUGCCGUAUGAAGUGGCGCUACACAUCCUGUCCUUCCUUCCGUCGGAAUCGCUCCUCACAUGCUCGUUGGUGAGCCGAAGUUGGCGCGUUCUCGCAGAAGACCAGUCGCUGUGGAAGGCUUUAUGCUCGCAACGUGACUGGGAAUGGCGUACAUCGUCUUCUUCCCCCCGUAUGCCUGACACCGCAUAUACAUAUCCUAUUUCUGGAGACUCGGAUGACGAAGGUAUGGGCGCGGAAGAAGACUCUGAAGCGGUGUUCGACAGCGAGGGCGGAGAGGAUUCCGGCUUCGCAUCUAUGAUGGUCGAUGGCUUCAAUGAAGCUCAGGACUAUACCACCAUUACUCACCCAAGCCCUGCUUGUAGCCACGAAGCUCAGUUGCGCCCGAUGUCACGUACCCAGCAGCCAGAACAUGUCGUCAAGGUCGAUUACAAGCUUCUUCACCGGACCCAGACUCGCCUCCACAACCGCAUGCUGCAUGGGUCUUACAUGUUGUAUACCUUUCCGAUGAGUGGCGUCACAAACGGCCACACCAACACCAUAUACUGCCUGCAACUGUACACGUACCCUGACACUGGCGUUCAAGUCCUGUUUACAGGAUCGAAAGACCGCUCUAUACGAGAGUGGGAUCUCACUACAGGCCAGGUGAUACGCGUCAUUGAAGACGCUCAUGGGAGUAGUGUGCUCAGUAUAUGCGUCCAUGAUGGCAUUAUUGCGUCCGGGGGAAGCGACUGGCAGGUGGCGAUCUGGGAUUUACCUACUGGGUCACUCAUUAAGUCGCUACGUGAUCAUGAAGAUAGUGUGCUAUGUGUGCGCUUCGAUGACAAACGGUUGGUUUCUUGUUCUAAAGACAAAACGGUGCGGACGUACUUGAUGCCAGACAUGGCUCCAGAGCACGUCCUCCAGGGCCAUCGUGCCGCCGUCAAUGCGGUUUCAAUCGCGUCUAACCAAAUCAUCUCGGCAUCAGGGGAUCGGACAAUACGGCUGUGGGAUGCGGACUCAGGUGCCCUACUGCGCACUUUCGAGCAACAUCAUGGUCGAGGUAUCGCUGCCACUGAUUUCAAGCCGCCAUACGUCAUAUCUGGAUCGUCUGACAAACAUCUUCGACUCUUGGAUUUGUCUACCACGAAAGGGUGGUCGACGGCCACGAAUUCUGCUAGAUCACACUCUCGGUCAUCAAACACGUUGUGCUCAGCGUGUGGUGAGGGAAUCCGGGGUUCCCCGAAUGGCGAUCUUGAACCCUGUAAUCGGCCACGUACACACCGAGACCUGGUACGAAGUGUGGCGAUGAGUGUCGAUCUUGUCGUGAGCGGGAGCUACGACCAUACUGUUAAAGUGUGGAAUCGUACGAGUGGGACACUCAUCGCUGAUCUCACUGGUGGGCACGUUGGGAGAGUGUUUUGCGUGGGGCUUGAUUGUACCAAGAUCGUGUCUUGCGGCGAAGAUCAGAGGAUCUGCAUAUGGGACUUCUCUCACGGCAUGGAUACAUCUUUCAUCAAACUCUAA